AUGGACGCCGCAUCUGAAAAGAAGUACGCUCGCGUUGUCGAGGUCUUGGGCCGAACCGGUUCCCGUGGUGGCGUCAUCCAGGUACUUAUAUUUGUCAUGCGUCAUGCCAACUACUGACGGAGGUGCUGCUGUGCGACGGCGCAUCAGAAAUUUAAAUAAUUCAUCGGUCUUUAGAUUUUUUGAGGUUUGGUAGGUACAUCUCCAGGCUGAUUGCGCCACUGGUACUGAUUUUAUUCUUUUCAUCUCGUUGUCUGAUUUCAGCAGUUGAAAUUAUCGAAAAAAAAAACGAACUUCUCAGGUGAAGGUGGAGUUUCUCACUGAGGAGGGAUCCGUCGUCCCGGGGGGUCGUAAGCUCGUCCGUAACGUCAAGGGCCCGAUCCGUGAAGGUGACGUGUUGUGCCUGCUCGAAACCGAGCGUGAGGCCCGCCGCUUGCGUUAAGUGGAAUGAUCCAAGGGAAAGCUGUUGUGAUGUCGCGCUUCGCGUGGAACAGCAUUGGGUUGUGAUGUCGCUCUUCGCGCAUCACAGAUUCUUGGGGGAUUACAACUCUGUUGAGCAGUCGACAACGUUGAACACGACUUAGGAUGAAAUAAGUGUCUACUAUUUGAAGUCCACAACAUA